AUAUGGCGACGAAAAAGUGGCAAUGGAACUACCUUGUUUUUUGUAUCAUGCCCGGCCCUAAAUAGUCAUGGGCCUAAAUGUUCCUAUUAAUGCCGAAAACUAUGGAAAAUUCCUAUUUCGCUCCACCUAUGUAGAAGUCAUAUUCGAAAUCCAUUUUUAAUUUUUUAAUUCACUCUUUCAUUGUCCGAUUGUUUUUAACCGACUUCACAAACAGGAGAAGGUUAUCAAUUCGUCGGAAAAUUAUUAUUUUUUCCACAAACUAUCAGCAUUUCAAUUGAAAACAAGUCACAAAAUUUUUCUUCCAAACUUUCAAGCAAUUGUUUGUUUUUUUUAAUUUUCCUUGAAUUUCCAACGCGUUUAUAGAACAUUCAAAUUCCAAAUUCGAAAAAUGUUCGCGUCCGGUAGUAAAACGAAAGAUGUCAUUGUCCCUUCAUCGACGACGCAUAGACCAUUAGCAUCCAUAUUAACAAAAACAACCGCAACUACAUUGACACAGCGCCGCAUUAGCUCAACGGGUGGCGAAACGAUAAUUUCCGGCGCCACACUCACUGGACACCAAAGAUUGCCACAAAUGCGAUCAAAAUUCACCGAACGCAAGCCGACACCAGUUUCUCGGACCUCUGUAGCGGUACGCACGCGCAGCCAAAUGCAAUCGGGCAACUCAAGCAAUAACACUCACCUAACUCCACGCGGCGAUGGCCGUAAAGUGAUGUCCGGUAUACCGACCAAUACAGCGGCGCGUGCCACCGCACGUCAGUUGCAACGGCAAGAGGCAGGAACAGCAGCAACGGCUGCAAAACAAAAUGAAGUCCACACUAAGAAGGAAGAGAAUUUGGAACAGCUUAAUCAUGCUGAAAUCGGCAUACAGACUAAUGAGCCGGAAAUACUUAAUCACGAUUUGAUCAUUGGUGACAUUAAAUUGCUGCCACCGAAGGCAAGCAUUAUCGCAGAAAUCGAACGGCAGCAAAAUGAGACGCGCAAGAAGUUGCUGCUGAAGGCGCAGCGUAAGUUUGAGGGUCACUCGGUGAAGCAGGAAGAGCAUUUGACUGAUUUGAAGGAGUUUCUCGAAAAGUCUGCAAUCACAAGACGUUCGCGCAAAUCAAAAGUAACCAUCGAAGUGGAUAAAAAACUCAUAAAAUCCAUGGAUGAAAUACUGAAUAAGAGUGUGCCAAAAACUGAAUCUAUAACAGAUAUUAAAGGGCGUAUCAAGAAAAAGGAACAAGAAUUGCUAACACUUUUCGACACUGUUGAAAAUUUGAAAGUGUGAUACAAUUAAAAUCAAUAAAAUAAACUUCCUGGUAGACGAGGUUCUUUAGUAAAUCAAAGUCUUAGGGCUGGAGGUUCUCUCUGUUAAGAAUCUCCGGUAAAUGGGAAAAAUAUUUAAUUUUGAUUUUAACAGGCAUCUUUGGCAUCCCCCGGAGAUAUUGAAGAGGGGGUUUUUUAGAAAAGACACAAGUCGAUUUUUUUUAAAUCAGCUUAAUGGACAUACAUAUGUACAUAUCGUCACCUUAAUUCACAAAGGCCCUAAGCAACAUUUUUUUUGUUUUGCAGGAGAACUAAGAAACAUUAUGAAAUGAGUAUUAAAUACAGGUAGGGCUUUUAGAAAAUAGUUUCGAAAAAAGUGUUGGUUAAAGCCUUUGUGAUUUAAGGUAACGAUAUAUAGUCAUAAAAUUCCUAUGAUUUUAGAAAAGAUCAAAGCAGUAAUUUUAAAGACGUAUUUUCAAAAAAAUUUACCUGGACUUUCUCAGGAAAUCCACAAUUUGGCUAUUCUAGUUUUUU